CAUUUUCAUUUCACUCUCUUUUUCUUACCAACCGUGUGGUGCUAUUCCGCGUGAGCUUUGUACACGUCGUCAGAGUAGGACCAAGCUGACAUGGUGGUGUGUGCAUGAAGAAAGAGACCCAUUUCCAUUCCCUGAAUCUUCAUCAUCACCUUCUUCUUCUUUGAAGCUUCCGAUUCACAAAACCUUCAAAACACACAAGCUUUAAGAAUCAAUCUUCUUCCCUUUCAGCUAAGUUUCUUCAUUAUAUGAUAAUCUUAUAUCAAUCUCCAAAAUUGUCUAUAAAUUUCUACGCGAUCACUUACAAUUUAUCAUUUUUUUUUUGUUUACCUGUUUCAUGUUUAUGUUGAUUUGAUUUGGGGUAUCUUCUAUGAACUUUGUGUGCAUAAAAAAUCUAAUCUUGCAUAAGAUUUCAUCAAGGGUUAGUGAGGACUGAGAAUUCAAUUCUGAGUUGUGUCUGAUCAAUGGACAAUCAUGGGUCUUCACCUCCAUAUGGGUAUCCAAACCCUUAUUUCAACCCUGAAAAUGGAAACACUCCUCCAUAUCCAUAUCCAUAUCAAUAUCCACCUACAGCUUCAGCUCCUGAUCCAUAUCCACCUCUUCCUUAUCCAUAUCCACCAAAUCCUUCAAAUUCAUACAACUACUCCUACCCUCCAUCAGACUUUCCCAAUCCUCAGUCACCUCAUGCUUAUCCUUACCCCCUUCCAGGGUGGAGCACCAAUGUAGAUGGUGGGGUGGCAUCUCAAACCACUGAUGAGUCUUACCCUCCUCAUAGUUCUGCUCACCCUCCUUUGGAACACCUUAUGAGCAAUGUUUGGCUGUAUGAUAACCAAGCAAGUGCACCUCCUCAACCAUUGAUACAUUCCAAUUCAAUUCCAAACAAUGAGGAGUUUCAUGGCUAUUCUAGUAACUCAUACUCUGGUGAUUCUUACCCUCCCCAUAGUUCCACUCAGCCUCCGUUCGAUCAUCUUAUGAGCAAUGUUUGGCAGUCUAAUAAUAACCAGCCGACUGCGCCUCCUCGACCAUUAACGCAUUCCAAUUCAGUUCCAAAACAAGAGAACAAAGAGGAGUUUGAUGGCUAUUCUAGACACUCCUUUUCAGGGUUGGCACCCUCUUACUCUGGCAUGGAAGUGCCACUUGAUGACUCAGUGCACAGUCAGAGUUUGCAGAUUGUUCCAGUUCAGAACAAAGUGUCUCUGAGAAUUUUGCUCCUACAUGGGAAUUUAGAUAUAUGGGUUCAUGGAGCCAAGAAUCUUCCAAAUAUGGACAUGUUCCACAAAACUUUAGACGAUGUGUUUGGGAGGAAAGUGAGCAACAAGAUUACAAGUGAUCCUUAUGUGUCAAUUUCUAUAUCAAGUGCUGUGGUUGGGAGGACAUUUGUUCUAAGCAACAGUGAAAACCCUGUAUGGGAGCAACACUUCUAUGUUCCUGUUGCACAUCAUUCUGCUGAAGUGCACUUUGUUGUUAAGGACAGUGAUGUGGUGGGUUCACAGCUCAUUGGCAUAGUGGCAAUUCCUGUGGAACAGAUAUACUUAGGGGAAAAAGUACACGGGACCUACCCUAUCCUGAAUAGCAAUGGGAAACCUUGUAAACAAGGUGCUGUCUUGACUCUAUCCAUUCAGUAUAUUCCAAUGGAAAAACUCAGCAUUUAUCAUCAAGGAAUUGGAACAGGGCCUGAGUACAUCGGGGUUCCUGGCACAUAUUUUCCAUUGAGGAAAGGUGGAACUGUUACUCUAUAUCAAGAUGCUCAUGUUCCAGAUGGCUGCCUCCCUAAUGUGAUGCUUGACAAUGGGAUGUAUUAUGCUCAUGGAAAGUGCUGGGUUGACAUAUUUGAUGCCAUAAGUCAAGCUAAGCGUUUAGUUUAUAUUACAGGGUGGUCAGUGUGGCACAAAGUUAGGUUGGUUAGGGAUGCUGGUAACACAUCAGAGUACACAUUGGGGGAUCUUCUGAGGUCAAGAUCUCAGGAAGGAGUAAGGGUGCUUCUCCUUGUUUGGGAUGAUCCUACGUCAAGAAGCAUUCUCGGUUAUAGAACAGAUGGUGUCAUGGCAACUCAUGAUGAGGAAACUCGACGAUUUUUCAAGCAUUCUUCUGUGCAAGUGCUGCUUUGUCCUCGCAUUGCUGCAAAACGACAUAGCUGGGCCAAACAACAGGAAGUUGAAACAAUAUACACACAUCAUCAGAAAACUGUAAUUGUGGAUGCUGAUGCUGGAAAUAACAGAAGAAAAAUUAUAGCAUUUGUUGGUGGACUUGAUUUAUGUGACGGCCGAUAUGAUACUCCCCACCAUCCCCUCUUUAGAACACUGCAUACACUGCAUAAGGAUGACUUUCACAAUCCUACUUUCAUGGGUAAUGUUGGUGGCUGUCCACGGGAGCCGUGGCAUGACUUGCAUUCUAAAAUUGAUGGUCCAGCUGCUUACGAUGUUUUGACCAACUUUGAGGAGCGCUGGUUAAGAGCUGCAAAACCUAAAGGGAUAAAAAAGUUGAAGAGUUCAUUUGAUGAUGCAUUACUUAGGCUAGAUAGAAUCACAGAUAUUAUGAGUGUAUCUGAUGUUCCUAGUCUUGGUGAUGAUAAUCCUGAAGCCUGGCAUGUUCAGAUAUUUCGUUCAAUUGAUUCAAGUUCUGUUAAAGGAUUUCCCAAGGAACCAAAAGAUGCUUCAAUGAAGAACCUAGUAUGUGGGAAGAAUGUGCUAAUUGACAUGAGCAUACAUACAGCAUAUGUAAAGGCUAUUCGUGCUGCACAACGUUUCAUUUAUAUAGAGAAUCAAUAUUUCAUUGGUUCUUCAUACAAUUGGAGAAACAAUAGAGACCUGGGAGCUAAUAAUUUAAUUCCAAUGGAAAUUGCACUGAAGAUUGCUGACAAGAUAAGGGCAAAUGAGAGGUUUGCAGUAUAUAUUGUUAUUCCAAUGUGGCCUGAGGGUGUUCCAACAGGGGCUGCUACCCAAAGGAUUCUAUUUUGGCAGCAUAAAACAAUGCAAAUGAUGUAUGAGACAAUUUACAAGGCUUUGAUUGAAGUUGGGCUUGAAGAAGCAUUCUCUCCACAAGACUAUUUGAACUUUUUCUGUCUUGGCAACCGAGAGGCCAUAGAUAUGUAUGAGAAUAUCGCAGUGUCCGGAACUCCUCCUCCCCCCGCAAAUAGUCCCCAAGCAAACACUCGAAAUAGCAGACGCUUCAUGAUUUAUGUUCACUCAAAAGGCAUGAUAGUUGAUGAUGAAUAUGUGAUAGUGGGGUCUGCAAACAUCAAUCAGCGCUCUAUGGAAGGAACAAGGGACACUGAGAUUGCAAUGGGAGCCUACCAACCUCAUCAGACUCGGGCAAGAAAACAGUGUUAUCCGCGUGGACAGAUCCAUGGAUAUAGGAUGUCACUUUGGGCAGAACAUACAGGUACUAUAGAAGACUGCUUCUUACAACCAGAGAGCCUGGAAUGUGUGAAAAGGGUCAGAAAAAUGGGUGAACUGAACUGGGAACAAUUUUCAGCAAAUGAUGUAACAGAGAUGACAGGGCAUCUACUCAAGUACCCGGUAGAAGUCGAUAGAAAGGGUAAGGUUAGACCCCUUCCUGGCCAUGAAGAGUUCCCUGAUGUGGGAGGAAAGAUAGUAGGUUCAUUUAUUGCCAUUCAGGAAAAUCUUACCAUUUGAUGAUUUUUUUUUCUUUACAUUCACAUUACUUUUCGAUGUUGCGCUGGAUUCGAACAGAUGACCUGUUGGUGGGAGGCAUUUGCCAAACCAACAAACCACUCAAGAAACGAGCUUACAUUCACAUUGCUGACCAUUAGGUUAGAAUGAUUGUACAUUAUAAACAAUUUUGAAAUCUAUGAUAGUUGAGGAAACACAGUAGUUACAAAAUCUUCUUAGGUUACUCUUAUUCCUUUCUUGUACAUACAAUCCACUCUCGCCAGUUAUGGAGAAUUUCAAAUGAAAUUUACAAGCUUUGCUUGUCCAGUUCUCUGA